UUGGUUGUUGGGCGAAGGUUGGUGCAGGAGGUGCGGUGUGACGCGCGGCCGCGGAUGGGCAAAAGUUUGUGAGUUUGCGUGACGUUUGUUUGGCUUGCCAAGUGAGAAAUACAGCAUGUCGCAUUUCAGCAGCAGAAGCACUGACUGCAAGGUGUACGUUGGUAACCUGGGGUCGAGCGCCAGUCGUAGCGAGCUAGAAGAUGCCUUCAUUGAGUACGGAGAUCUGACCAAUGUCUGGGUGGCUCGUAACCCUCCCGGGUUUGCGUUUGUCGAGUUCAAGAAUCGCAGGGAUGCGCAGCGUGCUGUGGACGCAUUGGAUGAUCGUCAUAUCUGUGGGCGUCGGGUCUCUGUCGAAAUGUCCACGGGAGAGUCCCGUAACCGCGGCCGGUACCCGCCGCGCCGGUCCAUGAGCGGCGAGAAGUGCUACGAGUGCGGCCAGAGGGGCCACUUCAUGCGGGACUGUCGCAAGUACGGCCGGCGCCGGCCCAGGCGAUCUCGCAGCAGAUCUCGCUCCUAUUCCCCACGCCGCUACCGGAGCCGAAGCAACUAUCGCAGCCGCUCUAGAAGCGAAAGCCGAUCUCGUUCAUACUACAGCCCGCCACGGCGAAGCCAGUCAUACGAAAGGGACUAUUAAAACAUCUGCUUUCCAUAAUCGAAAUAUCUCUUUCUUUGAGUGGUUGAUACAUCUGCAUUGCCAAUAGUUUUUGCUGUACAUGUUGAACUUUUGAUGGUUGUUGACAUUGUUUCACGAAGAAGUGACACUUCACGCUAACUGGCAAUUGAAAGUUAAAUUUAUGGAAACUCGGAGUAAAUAAAAUAACGUAGUUAUUGUUACUCAAAAUGACAUAGUUCCAGCUAUUUUAGCACUUCUUUGCAAUACUCAGAAAGAACUUAACAUCAGCACUAGCCUAUUUUGAAGACACUGUAAUACUUUUAUGUUUAUUAUCUGUUUCUUAGUGUAACGCUGUUUGAUUUUUGUAAAAAUAUGCAGAAGGCGUGUGAGCACGGUACUUUUACACAGUUUUUAAAUUCUGGUUUUUGUUUUAGUUCAGAAAAUCAAGAUGGCAUGACGUGUUCUUUUAGCUAAAGGGUUAUUAAUCUUUGAGGAUAAUUUUCCUGAUGACUUUAGGCCUUUCAAUUUAUUCACUCAUCCAAAAUAAUGCACAUCUGUACAUAUUUAAACUGUUUGUCUAUGUAGUAUUUCAUUGUUAAUUUGUCAAAACGGCAAGAAUAUUUCUGAAAGUUAUUUUGUUGAAGUCGGGCUGCCUUCAUUUUUUAGAUUUAUUUCGUUAAAGAUCGAGUGCUUCACUUAUUAUUUGUGUAUUAAUUAUCACAACUAUUGCACAUGCCAAACAAUGAUUAAGAUACAUGUAAAACCUUUUCACAAUAUGCAAGGUUUGGUCAGGAUUUAAAUAGCCUUUCCAAAGACUUCUGUAAAAUGCAAAAUUGAUUGUCCAAUUAAAAAAAAGAUGGCUUCAAUCUUUCCAUGUGUUUUUUUUUUUUACAAACCAAAUGUUACGAGUAUUGAGGUAGUUUGUACUCGCGUUUAGGUAAACUGUGAUAAACUGUACGAACUUACCUAUUCUGCUAGUAUUUUUUUUUUUUUUUUUUAAUUUAAUAAGGUGAAAUGUGAGAAAAUAAACAACAGAAUGGAAAAGUAACCAUGGUCACUCUCAAACGCCAAUGGAAGAACAAAAUUAUUUGGACUCAAUCUAGUAUAUUGGACGAUUAUAAACUCGGACUUUCAAAAUAGUUUUAAUAAAGAGAUAUCUCGCUAUGUAACCCUGUUA